AGGAGCGACCAGCCGAAGAAAGGGAUGGGCUUCUCCGAUGGCAACCAGCCCUUCGUCCAGCGCUUCGAGCCUGCACUUCGAUAGCGCUGGCACCCUGCGCGGCGCCGGUCCUGACUGCGAGUGCUAUCAGCCACCGACGCCAAGGCCCGCGCACUUCGGCCGUGCACCCAAAGACACGACGCUUCCAGCAGCUCCCGCGGCUUGCGCGCGCUGCGGCUCGCCGGCAGCGGACCACCGAGAGUUGCGGAAGUGGCACGAGGACGGGGUCAGUUGGAUCCGACGCUUGGGCAGCUCCAAUGCGCAAGUGCCGCUGCCGUGCCGCGCCCAGCACUGGGAGCCUGCUGCAGCUGCGCUGUUCACUUUGAUUGGCGGCGAUUUUGACCCAGGCGAGCGUGCAGAAGGGGAGCAGCUUGUCUCGGCCUUGUGCGUGACCGGCCAGGGCAGGCACGCGUUCCAUCCGCUGCUCUACGAGAACUUCGCGCGGCAGAGUUGCGAGCCCCGGGAGCUGGUGGUGGUCGACACCGGCGAGGAGCCGUCCAUGUUCAUGCUGGAGCGCCGGGGCGAGGAUCCCCGCGUGUCCUACCACUUCUUUCGCGCCCAGCAGUUACAGCCGGGCUCGCCCCGGCUGCAGGAGGAGACCGGCGCGGACGACCUGGCCCUGCGGGAGGAUGAUGCCCUGGAGGUCACCGAAUGGCGUCGGAGCCGGCCCUAUGGAACCGAGGUGAAGAAGGAGGGUUGGAGCAAGGGCUUCAAGCGGAACCUGGCUUGUGCUCUGGCCAAAGGCGCCUACCUAGUGAACAUGGAGGACGGCUGCUUGUAUGCGGAGGACUACCUGGCCUUCAUGCGACAAGAGCUCUCCGCGGCGUCUGCGGUAGUGCCGCAGUGCUGGCACACCGUGGCGCUGGCACAUCAGAGCUUCCGGUCGGUGGACCUAAAGAACCGAGAGGAUGAGCUCCAGGAGCUGCCGGAAAACGAGCGGCUGGGCUACGGCUUCUGCCAGGGCUUCCUGAGGUCCGCUUGGUUGAAGCAGCCCUUCCCAGACAAGGAGGGCCCACAGGACCGCCGCUUCAUGGAGGCCCUGAGAAGCGAGGGCCUCGCGCCGCAUUUGGUGCGGCCCACACGUGCGCUGGCGGCCUAUGGCUGGUGGCAACACAGUGCCGGAGCCAAGGAUGCGCCCACCAACAUCAACAUGUACUCCGAGCUUCUGAUGCUCGCCUGUCGCGGCCGAGGGCUUGAAAAGCCACCGGAGGCCUUCGAGCCCCUGUUGCCGCACGUCAAGCGCGCCACCGAGGCCUAUGCUUCCAAGCGCGAGCUACGGCUCAAGAGGAUGCUGGACACGGAGGGCACCGUGCACUUGUCAGCUGCGACAGCGCGGUGGCAUUGCAGAAGCACUGGAAGGACACGUCCACCCACACCAACCCGUAUGGCUGCACCUUUGACAUCGGCCAGUUCUCACGUGCUGGCGGCGCCGUGGCAGAGGGCCGGGAGUAUGACGAUGGCACCACUUGGUUUCCAGGAUGGAUCUGGCGCAUGGCCAUCUGCCGGAGUUGCGGACUUCACCUGGGCUGGCGCUUCGAGAGCAGGUCUUGGAACCGCUCCGGCGGCCGCGGCCAGGCGGCGCUCUUCUGGGGCCUGAUCUGGCGGCACCUCCGAGAGCGGAAAGCCGCCGCCGGGUCGUCGGCGUGCCGAACGCCGGCGCUGACGUGUCCCAAGGAGCACCCGCUGCGGCUCUACGCCACACCCCACGAGCACUACGCCUGCGACGGCUGCAACCGCCAGGCCAAAUCUGGGGAGCAUUUCUGGGGUUGCGGUGCUUGCGACUACGACCUCUGCGCCGGGUGCAAGGCUAAGGUCGUGCACAGCCCGCAGAGCCCGGCUCCGGCGCGCGACAAGGAGAAGGCACAGGCAGAGAAGGAGAACCAAGUGGCGAACAAUCUGAUGCCCAUGAUUUUGCUCCCGCUUCCACCAAAGGUCGCGCGGUAUUGGUCCUACGGCAGCUACUGGUAGCCUCUCGCAAAUGCUGCCUGCACAGACCAAAACGUGAUCCUCGGCCAAUAUGUGACCCAUGUGCAAUCCAGCGAGCUGAAC